AUGCCACUCACUGUCCUCAGCGACUUCGACGUCAACAAGAUCCUCCACUCCUAUAACAAAGAGGACAUCGAAGCUCUGCAAGAAACUCUAGCCGAUGCAUUACAUUGGUACUCCACGAGCAACGACGCCAACGAUGCCUGUUCCGACUAUCAACCCGAGCGAACACACCUCAAACGCAAAGAUGGAUCGACGACACUCUUCAUGCCGGCAUCGGGAUUGACAGGACAGGGAAUCAAGGUCGUGAAUAUUGUGCCGCCGGACGCAACUGGACUGCCAGCUUUCAAGGAUGAUGCGAGUCUGGGUUCGGGUCUCAUCAACGCAGAAGAAGUAACAGCCUUCCGCACCGCCCUGGCCGCCACCAUGCUCCUCAAGAAACGCCACUCAGUCCACACAAUCACCAUCUUCGGGGCAGGCAAACAAGCCUACUGGCACGCCCGACUCGCCCUCCUCCUCCGCGGUCCUGAGUGCCACCACCUGAACAUCAUCACCCGCAACUUCUCCACCGCCCAGCAAAUGAUCCAACGUCUUUACAAUCCCCAACCAGAGGAUCCAGACUACGUCAACCACAUCGGACCGGGCUACAACUCCAAAACGAAAAAGGAGAUCCUCACCCCUUCCCAUACCGAAUACCACCGCCUGCUGAAACAAUACGUGCGUCAAAGUGAAGUCAUCUUCACCACCACCCCUUCCACCACCCCUCUCUUUCCAGCCACCUACCUCACCAACCCCUCCGGCCGCACGAAAGGGCGGUACAUCUCCUGUAUCGGCUCCUACACGCCUUCCAUGGUCGAGAUCCACCCGGACAUCCUCCGCUAUGCUGUGGCUCCACAUCAUGAACAUCGACAUAUCCAUAAACGACAAAAGGAAGGCGGAGCCAUCAUCGUCGACACCGUGUCUGGCUGCUUGAAGGAGGCAGGGGAGGUGAUACAAGCGGGACUCAAACCGGAUCAAGUCGUCGAACUGGGUGAACUUUUCAUGCUGAAGAGGGAUGCGGAGAAGAGGAUGAAAGAAAAGGGCGAGAAGACGACGGAGGGAGGUUGUAAUUUGCAGGAGAAUGCGGGGUUGAGGGAGUGGUUGACACGGGGAAAUGUGAUUUAUAAGAGUGUGGGGUUGGGGUUGAUGGAUGUUACGGUGGGGAAUGCGUUGGUGGAGACAGCGAGGGAGAGGGGGGUGGGAGUUACGAUUGAGCGAUUUUGAGGGAGGUGGUGCGCAGAGGUCAUGGCUGGUGGUCUCGGCUCGCGCGGUGGAUAAGACUUUGCAUGAUUUGCGAGAUCUUUUGGGCUUUGGUCGUGUCCCUGUAUGAGUUCAUGGAAUUGAGGCUGUUACCUUGGG